AUGCCGGUUCGCUCCGCGCGCGCCAGCGGCGACCGGCUUUCGUUUCGCGUUUCGGUACGUGUCGCGCGCGCUCCUCGUUUCACGCUCGCCCGCACGAUGUCCGGGGACACGAAACGCGAGAAGCACUUCCUCUACAACAGCCUGGCGAUCCUGCUGCAGGCCGUGCAGAAGCACCGGACGACGGUGGACCUGCGGAACGAGGCGACGAUCGUCGGCGUCGUCGACCAUGCCGACGCAUACAUGAACGUCGUGAUGCGGGACUGCGUGUUCACGGAUCCACGCGGGGACUCGUUCCGGUUCGACAUGUUCUUCGUGCAAGCAAGGAACAUCCGCUCCGUCCACAUCCCGUUGAACAUACGGAUUAUCCCAGCUAUCAAGGAACAGUUAAAACGACUAGGCCGACCUUCGAGGGAGAAACGAACUUUCAAAACGAAACGUGCCCAACAGAGACACCGGGAAGACCUUGCGAAUAUAGAACGAAUGUUGGAGAAUAAGAACACGGAAACGAUAACCACGGAUAACGAGACUCGUGAAGAUCCAACUGAUUGAUUUUAAAUGAACGCACGUAAUGACAGGAAAUAUUAAGAAUGUCAUUUGCUCAUGGCAUUAUCGUGUACAGCUUAAAAACACUUUAAAUAUUUUAUACUUGAGCUCAGCAUUGCAAUAGUUCACAUUUCAGCAUUUUUAUUGAGAACUCUGUUAAGAGAUACAUAUGCCAUAAAAAGAUUCAACUGCAUUUCAAAAGCGAUUGGAUAAUAAAACACUUAAAUUACACGAUACAAACAAACGUUCUACAGAACAGUAAUAAAUAUCCCUUUAUUCAACGUAACAGAAAGGCCAUUUGUAGCAAGAAACGCUUCAAUAAAAAUAUAAUAAGUUUUAUAUAAGAAGUAUAUAUAUAUAUAAAUAAAGAGAAGACAUUCG